UAAAAGAAUUUAGUAAAGAGCCUAAAUCAUCUCGAAGAGCUCUUAAUACCAGGUCUAGCAUCCGAUCUUCAAAGACACAAAUGUAUACCAAGAAGCAAAUCAAGACCAUGAUGAAUGAACUUGUUGGAAAUAAAAAUAGAAUAGAAAAAAAGACAGAAGAUAUUCAAAUGUUUGAUUUUGACCUCAAAGAACAGAUAUUAACACCAAAUUUAACUGGAGAUUUAAAAAUGAACAACAAUUGAAUCGUUCUCUCAAAAUCGAAGAAAGGUGAACCGAAGGGAACUCCUAAAAGUCACCUAUCUAAGCUGGAUGAGAAGAAAGAAGAUGAGAAGAGCCCCCAACCACAAAUUGAAUCUCCUUUACCAGAUAAAUCAGAGUUCUUAGAAAGGGGAAAGAAGUUUAUUAAAUCACUAGAAGAGAUUCAAACUACUUCAAAUAAUGAUGAUGAAAUCAUAGAGAAGGCUAAGUGACUCUUCAUGCCUUACUACUCUUCCAAGAAUAACAUUCAAAAGGAUAUGAAGGACAAGAUUAUAAAAUACUGUCCAAAUAGAAAUCUUUCUUCAGGAAAUUUAGGUAAAGAAAAGCAAACAAAUAUUGGCGCUGCAGCAGUUGAUUGAUUAAAGAAAGAGUAUUAUCGCAAAACCUUCCUUGACAGAGAAGAUAGCAUUGAAGAAAAGAUAAAAGAACUAGAGUAUAUGGCCUUCAAGAAUUCUAAAAGGCAAGAAAAUGCAGCUGUCGAUAUUCUUAAAAAGUUCACAAAACGAACAAAUACAACAGUUAAAGAAUUUUCUACUUUUAAAAAAGAGAAUAAGCAUCUUAAAUACCUUGAUGAUGAGAUUGAUGAGGACUCCAUGACUUUAGGGGAACAUCUCAAGAGAAUUUUGGACCUUGAGACAGUCCUAGGAAGUAAAAUUAAGAAGAAUUCAGUUUAA